UGGUACGACCAAUAUCCAGCGAUAGGAUUGAGGAAACAGAUGAGGAGAGAGAUAUGUUCGUUGCGAAGCUGGCAUGUAUCAAAGAUCAAAAGGAAAAAGAACUCUUGCUAGAGGAAAAGCGUGCAGAAUUGCAUAUGAGAAUGUUAGCAGCGAAGCGGCAGGAGCUUGAUGAAAGAAAAAGGCUGCAUGUAGAGGGAACGAGGUUGGAUAAAGAAUUACAAGAUCAGAAAGAGAAACAAGCUGCAACAAAAGAGAAAUUAGCCCUCUUGACAGAAACAGUCUUACAUACGAAGCAGGAGUUGGAAGCGAUGAAUAGAACUUUGCAAAAGGUUGAAACCCACCAAUAUGAGUUUGAAGGAGUUUGGAACACCUUUCUGCAGAAGUCUGCCAGAGAUGUUGAUCAACACAUUCAAUUGUACAUUCAGAAACUCGAUAAUCACAUCRCACAAACCUUUACUCCCGCCGUAAUUAAGAAGAUAAUCCAUGGCAGCGGCGAAGGAGGAGGAGGAUGCGGUGAUAGAGACGGAGAUGGAGGAGAUGGUGAUAGAAAAGUCAUUGGGGACGACGAAGGCGAUGCGGCGGAGGAGGAUGGAGCAGUGGAGGUUGCGGCGGCGGCGGCUCGUUGGGAGGUCUUGGUUUGGCGUGGUGGCAUGCGGAGAUGGGGGGGAACAAUUCCUUACUUAUUCACAGCUACGUAGCACCGUGUUCGCCCGAACGCGAACAAGCGCCCAAAACUCUCCGAAUGCGAACAUAAAACAAAAAAAAAAAAAAGUUCUCAUAAAGUCUGAAAAAAAUAUAUGUUAUGUAAAAUAACAAUACAAGCAAUUUUUGCCCGGGAGUCACGUUCAAAUUUGUUGCCAAUCAUGAGUUAAAAAUAAAAAACCGAAAAACAAAUUAAUUUUUUUAUGUUCGCAAGUUGUUCGCGUGAACGUGACGGGGCGCGAACAUGUUCGCUGUGCUACAGAGAUUCACAAUACAAUAAUUUCAAAAAUAAAUAAAUUGCAAGGAACCUG